AUGCAAUGUCCUGAAACUCCUCAACAUGCGCAGUUUGCUUCCAUUUCGUCGCCGAGGUUUACCGCAGAAGAUAGUGCUGGAACCAGGAGGAGGACAACGAAAAGAGAGUCGAUCGCGAAUGAUCUGCCAAGCAACAGAACCGCUGCCCGUCAGUCGCUGUCCUCGCCUUCGAAGACGCGUAUCAAAUCGUUACAAGCAUACACUGCGACCACACCGAAGUACAAGAGAAACACUGGGUAUUCGCCGAAUUUUCUUGUCCCUGUGCAGGGUAAUUCAGACGACGUCUUCCAGUCACCUGUCGCUCGCUCUCGAAAACAUAGCUCAGCUGCUGUUGUACAUUUCCAGAAUGCGGCUCGUCGUCUGGCUCUGUCAGACAUCACCAAUAACAAUACAUCUGCAGGCAAGCAAUCGACGGCGCAGCCGCGAGCGACUUCCACAUCUUCAGUGGUACAAGAGGAUGUCGCAAAGAACCCUUUACAGCAAUGUUCGCCAGCAACGCCAUUACACGCACAACAGGAGAAACACGAAGAGCUCUCAAGUGCCUGGGCAAAGGACGUCCGUAGUGCAUUGGGUGAAGUUAGAGCGGACGAGACACCUGUACUUCAGGGCAAGCCAUACUACCCGCACGCUCAGCAUCGGCUAGGCCCAAUAUCAGGAGUCCAUGAAAUCUCACACACGUCGCCAGUCCGUAGGGCCUCGGAAACAAUUCCACCUGCCGACGUCCAAGCUAUCUCAAAUGAUUUACCACACGCACAAAGUGGUGGAACCGAGCAUAGCUCCUCUUUUGCGACACUAGCCCCCAAUGCAAUCUCUAGCACUCAAGACCACGAUGUAUCGAAUGCAUCGAUACCACCAUCAACAUCGACUUCUGCACAAGUGCCAGUAGAACCUGCGCAACAAAGGAACGAUCGAGUGAGCGAAGAAGCGAUACGUGCUUCCUUCGAUUCCGCUGUGACAGAAGAGCUCGGAGACAAACGUUUGCAAUUGAAACAUUGGGAGAUCUGGGCUAUACGACUUGCUUUCACAACCUUCGUGUUUACCGUCAACAUUGCCUUUGGCCUGGCAUAUCUAGGUUCACACAAGCACCCUUACCUGCUUGCAAUUCUUGUCUUUAUGAAGAGUAAAGACAUACUAUCAACGUUGGCCGACAUUGUCUACAUAGGAUACGAAUACUUCCGUGGCCUGAUAUGGCCUCCAAAGGAAUCAAAAGCACAUUGGAUUUUGAGCUUGGUUUGUGCUUAUGCCGAGACGGAAGAACAGAUCAUGAAAACAGUCACCAGCCUUGCCGCUAGCGAUACGAAACCACACAAGCAGGUCAUCUGCAUUAUCAUGGACGGCAAACCGAGAGACAUUGUUUCCAAGAUGUCUAAGAUCAAGAUGACAACACAACGGCCAUAUACAACAUGGCGAGGAAAAAGGGGUGAGAUUCGCGUUCUAGCUGGCUACAUCAACGGCACUGGUGUAGUUUUAGUUGAAAAGGUGAAAAACGCUGGCAAAAAGGACAGUUUAAUCCUAGGCCAUGACUUGUUCAAUCACCCACGCGACGACAUGCCUCAAGCUACCAGACUUCUGCGGCAAGAAAUCUGGGAGCGAGUCUUGCCAACAAUCAUAUCUGACACCGACUUCAAGACCUUCGGGUAUAUCUUCUGUACAGAUGCUGAUUCUACAAUACACGAAAAUGCACUCAAUCGUCUAGCGAACGCUCUGAGUCGGCAAAGUCACGUCAUCGCUGCUUGUGGUGUGUUGUUUGCAGAAUUUGGCAGUAACUGGACCGAGUUUCACCCAUGGCAUCUUUUCCAGCAGUUCCAAUACACAUUUGGACAGUAUGUUCGGAGGCAGGCUGAGAGUACUUGGGGCAGAGUAACAUGUCUUCCUGGAUGCAUCACCAUGAUUGUGGUUCGACCUGAGAUGGGCGCCGCCAUCAGCCAAUACGCUCGACCUGUUACCGAACAUAACCUAUUUCGCCAUCAAGUACAGUAUCUGGGAACCGAUCGAAGAUUGACAUGGUGCAUGAUGUCACAAAACAAACAUUUGCGGACAAUUUUUGUGCCGGAUGCCUUGAGUGAGACUGUCGUUCCUAACAGACUGUCACAUUACCUGAGUCAGAGGCGCCGUUGGGCGUCUAAUGCCUACUUUAACGACUACUUCUAUGCUCUAGGACCUCAACAGAGACUAAUUACACGACUUUUUGCCGUGGUCGACAUCGUAAGAUUAACACUAGUUUUCUAUCGUGUCUUCAACACCGGCUACUUCCUAUACGGCCUUGUCCAGAACUUUUAUGUCAUCAAAAUCAUACCAACCUUGAUAGUCACGAAGACUCCUGCGACAUGGUAUAUAUUGUUGACAAUGGUCAAGGAGCCCUUGCUCCGCAAACGAAUGCACAAGGUACUUCUGGGCAUGUGUAUCAAUCAGGUGAUUUCACCAAUCCUCUCAGUCAUUGUCUUUGUAAAUGUGCUAUUGCACUUAGGGAGUCAAUCUUGGGGCCAAACAGGAGUCAGUACGCAGGGAGUCGCGCCUCCAGACGUUGCAAUAGCAGCUCAUGGACAGAAACCUGCUGAAGCUUGGACACCGAAGAGUCUGGCCAAAUCCAUUCGGACUGCUGUGCGUGGAGCUACUCCGAAGCCGAAAAAAAAGAUCGUGUCUCACAGGCCAGUCCCUUCGUCAGCGGCUGGUCGUGUUUAUGGCCGGGAAAAGAACACUCAGACGCCAUUAAGGAGCAGCGUGGAGGAUCACGGUGCAGUAGACUACUCAAACGCUCCAAAGGGAGGUGAUAAAACUCAGGCACGCGAUACAGAUUCAGAAACGCCUGCAAAUAACAGUAUCCCUUCAGAAGCGAACCCAUCGUCUACAACAGCAACGCCUUUCUCGAGAUUGAGGACGAUACCUCGUCGUCGGAAGGGUACGAUUUCCAAGCUUGAUCCGGUGACCGAGACACCGACGAAGACGACUUCUCAGCAGCAGCAGCAGCAGCCGUGCUUCGACUUUGGCUUCAAAAAGCCAUGA